UGACUUUGUUAGGUUGGCAGUAGAUCAUAUGACUGAUUCGACAUCACUUGAAGUCAUAUGAUCGAUUUUGACUGAAUUUCUGGUUUCUGCUUUGCUCUGCAUACAGUAAAGACAUUAUUCUUUAACUUGUCUGACAAACUUGUACUAUAAAGAGGUAUUAAUUUUUAAAAACAUAAUGGCUAGUCAAACUCAAGGUAUCCAACAAUUGUUAGCAGCAGAGAAAAGGGCAGCUGAAAAAGUAGCUGAGGCCAAGAAGAAGAAGGCCCGUCGUCUCAAAGAAGCCAAGGAGGAGGCUCAGGAAGAGAUCGAGAAGUACAGAGCCGAGCGGGAGAAGCUGUUCCGCGAAUUCGAGGCUAAACACAUGGGCUCCAGAGAAGAUGUGGCUGCUCGCAUUGAGGCCGACACCAAGAUUAAAAUUGAUGCCAUGAACAAAGCCAUUGUGGAGCACAAGGAACAGGUAAUCAAGAAAAUUCUUGAACUGGUCUACGAUAUCAAACCGGAAGUUCAUGUCAAUUACAGAGCCGGAGAGCACUAGUGGGUAAAAACGUUUUGGGCUAUAAUUCUGUGUUCAAUAACUGUUGUUGCGAUUAGAAAAUAUAUCUAUAUACUGAAAAAAUAUUGAAUGUACAGUAUUUUAUCCAAUUUAUUGUAAACUAUAAUUAUAAAUUAAUAUAUACAUAUUUUGUUGGUGAUGAAGUUUGAGUGUGAAAAUUUUGGUAAUUGUCAAAAUUCAUUAAGAUUUUUCAUAUAUUGAAUUGAUUACUGCUUCAAAUUUGGUUUCAGAGUACAUAUUGUAUUUCUGUGUUCAAGCCGGUUGUGUGAUGUAUGUCACUAAACCCACCUUGAAAUUGAAUAAUAUUGAAGCAAUUCACGUAAUUUGGAAACAUAUGUAUGUGAUAAUUUUAAUAACGAUUCAUAGUUUUGAAUACUCCUUGCAUAGUAUGAAUUCAAUCUCCUUGUGUAGUUUGAAUUCGGACGUUUGGAAAACAAUGUUCUUUUAAACAAUUGAGUGGGUCUUAUCAGCAGUACAAGUCAAAAACUAAUUUGCUUUCAUUGUAAUCGUGAGUAUGUAAACUUCAAUAAUAGAAUGAUUCAAAUGGCUCUAAUAUGUUUCUGAUAGAGAAUUGAUGUGAAAUAUAGAAUAUUUCAAAAUUGCACUUUCCUGUUGAUGUAACAAUAUAUUGUAAUAUAACUAUAAAUAGUUUAUAGUUGUUGAUUUUAGUUCAACUGUCAAUAUGUUUGAGAAGGUAUAACUUCCUAGGCAACUCGCCUCUUUCAGUUAUGGUGCUGGUUGAUUUUCUGAGUUUCAAAUUUCUUGAUAUACAAACUCAAAUUAAUUAAAUUAUAAUUAAGUUGCUUCAUUUCUACUUCAUAUUAUCAUUUAUCUGUAGGUACCAUUUUUGUAGAAUUAUUUCUUCUUGUUGAAAUUUAUCUGUCAAGCUAGAACGCUUUGAUUUUCUUUCUCAUACAAAUAUCAUAAAUCUGUUUUUGGAUAUUUUUUGCUUAUGAGAGAUUAAAAUCAUUCAUUUGAUUGACAAUAAAAUAAUUGAAGUUGAUGUUUCAACAUAGCUUCAUUCA